AUGUUGGUGGACAAAGCCGGUCUUGUACCAUUACGAGCAGCCAGAGCACCUCGUCUGGCGCUUUUUUCCCGCUCCAUUUACUUGCAUACCGGUCCCAGAGUGGCUGGUCUUCGUCGAGACCCUAAAGAAGCGUUUAAAACACACACUGGCAUUGAAUACGGGUCCAGCGAGGCCACCAGCGCCAUUAAACAGUUUUUGGCUAACUACAGCAUUCCAGAAGAAAUGGCUCGCCAGGUUCUCACGCACAAAUCGUUUGGUAACGGUAUAAAAGUGUACAAUGAGAAGCUUGUGGUGAUGGGCCUGAAGGUGCUUAGUCUCUUUUUGGCUAAACAUGUCAUUGAGCAGCAAACAAGCAACGAAAACGCUAUCAACGGGAAGAACUUGGAUGUGUUGGGCACGCCCGUGGCCAAGGAGCUUGGAGGGAAGACGAGUUUGGGUCUUUUCGCCAAACAGCAUAACCUCAACCAGAACAUGUUCUGGAAACUGCACAACCACCACUUGACGUUUGAGUCUAGUGGAGAAAUGAAGGUCAGCGCACAUAUGAUGUAUGCUCUUGUGGGAGCUGUGGCGUACGUGCACGGUAAGAAGCUGGCAGAGGAGUUUGUGAGGGAGAAGUUCUUGAAGGGCGACAAGCUGCUUGAGGCGGUGACGGAACAGUUGAUCCAGGAGAGUCAGAACCAGAGUUAG